AUGAUGAAAUUUGCAAACUAUUUUCUUCGUUUUCAAAAUUCUUAUUAUGGAAAUAUUCGAUCAGCUAAUUCAUCAUGUCCAACAACAGAUGUUAAAUGGUGUAUAGAUGGUUUUGAUGGAUAUAAAUUGUGUAUUGAAAAUCCUUCAAUACUUCCGACUUGUAUUUUGGCUUUAAUGAUUGGUCUUUUUUGUUCAAAACGUAUAAGUCAAUUACCAGGAGAAUUUCCAUCACGAUGGUAUUAUCAUCUAACAUUUUUUCUUUAUGGUAUUAUGAUGUCAUCAGCUGGUAUAUUACAUUGUUUUUUAAAUGAUGAUACAAAGAGUUUUACAUCAUUAGCUGUAGCUAUUAUUGAUGUCGGUUUAACAUCAAAUAUUGCUGUUAGUUUUCUCUUUUGUGGUUUAUGUGAUAUUCAAUUUUUAAAUCCAAAAUCAGCUACGACACGUUGGUUAUUAUUUACUACAUAUUCUAUUAUUUUUAUUUUAUGGACUUUUGGAUUAACAAAACAAUGGAGUUGGGCAUUUAAUGUACUUUAUACUGGUGUUGUAUCAGUUUGUUGUUUUAUUUAUUUAAUAACACAAUUAUCUAUAAAAUCAAAACAUCAUGCAUUACCAGCUCUUUUUGUUGGAGGACUUUAUGGUGCUAUUGGUUUACUUGCAGGAUCAUUUGGAGCUGAUGCUGUUUGUAAAUCAGAAGGUCCAUUUUGGUCACAAUAUUUUGGACCAGAAUUUAUUUGGUUUCUUUUUUCGGACAUAAGUGUAGCAUUUAUGUUUCUAUAUGUUAUACGAGCUAAUCGAGAACAAAGAAUUCUUGUUAAGACCUAUCCUAUUGAUUUUGAAAAGUAUCCUGGUAAACUUUAA